CUCAUGUCUGGGGAACCACCUUGGCAGUUGCAUCCUUCGUUUGUGCUGCUGACGUCAUUAGUAGUGUCGGCUGCUUUCAGCACACCGUAUGCGUGUCGCAUCGCAUACUCGCGGGGGGAUGGCAGAAUAUGCCUUUCCUGUCCAUAAUAUCUGCUGAUACAGUACAUGUAGCAGGGGAUGCAUUUUGGCGGCUCGGGUGAGGGAGGAAUUGGACUGUUGGGGAUGAUGGAGGUAGGGACAGGUGCAUGCGAGAAAGGGAGGGCUGUGCUGCCGUGGGGAAGGGAGGGACAGACCGACCAAAACAGCACCACCGAGUACAGAACAGUGCAGCAAUUGCAAUACAGCCCUAGUUCACAGGACGAGCCUCGAAGUUGCAAGGCGCAGCUUGUUUAGCUGAGUCAGCCAUCACCGCAGAGCGUCGGGACGGGUAGGGGGACUCGGAAGGAGGGCUGCCCCAGCCGACGCUGCGCCGCAGCGGAGCAGUAAUAAUGACCUUCUUAGAGAAUAUUCCUGUGCUGUACUGGGUACACUGUUCUGUAGUGACAGUAUCGUGUAAUGGGUUGUACUUUACUGUACCAUUGUGCUGGCUGCCUGGAGUGCGGCUGAUCAUUAGCGAAACGCGCCUAGAUAGGCGGAAGUGUAUCAACGGCGAUCCGAGCCUGCCUGCGCUGCGGAACCCGCGGCAGCACACCUGCAGUGUGUUGUGCUGCCAGGGUGCCUGCCUUACUACGCACACCGAGCCUAUCAAUUCCUUCCUCUUCCGCCCCGCCCCGCAAUCUGGAUGCCACCAGAAGAUGCUUCCCCUCACUGCAGUCGACGGAAUAAUGUACAGUACUAGUCACUGUAGCGGUUGCUAGGUCGGCGGCGCUGCACUUCACGUGGCGCUCCACGUGGCGCCCAGGUUCCACCCGCCGCGGGAACCGCAAAGAAUGCAGGAAUUCACCUGAAGAUCGAUGCGGUUCGAGGCCUUCUCGGCGGGACGUGACCCUUCAUCUCUCCAUCGUCCCGGGGCUCUCCAUCCGUCAGAGCAGCACCGACACCUGCCGUCGUUAACGGGCCAUCAUCAUCAGUAUCACCAUCAUCAUCGCCGUCAUCGUCAUCGUCAUCGUCAUCGUCAUCGUCAUUGUCAUCGUCAUCGUCAUCUCCUGUAUCUUCAUCUGUCUCCUUACUGCUCCAUGGAGCCGCAACCCAAGCCUCUGGUGUGUUGGCCAAUCACGCCUCCCGCCGCCUCUCCCCUCACUUUGGUCGCCGGAGGAGCCUCACGCCCCCACGCCGCUUUCCGGCACCACUGCUCGCCUCUGGGGGGCCGUUCUCAUGCUUCCCCCCCUCUCCAAGGCUCGUGCUUGCUGUGCUGGCGAUGGUUCUCGUGGCGUUACUUGGUUUCGCGGGGCUUCGCCGCCCAUCAGAGGCUGGGAGCUGGCGGUUCCGCACCCGCUCAGGGCCUUCGUGUGCUUCUGUGGCUUCCGGCUUGGCCCGAUACGACAUUGUGAUCAUAGUGGAGGGCAGCAUCGCAGCACGCCUGGUGUCGCUGGCAGGGGUCCGAGCAACAGCCACGGCGGCGGGGCUCUCCACCAAGGCGCUCUGGGUGCAGGACAGUCAACCCGGCGGCUCCUCCUUCUCCUCGCUCCUCACUCUGCCGCAUACCCAAAGGUCUACUGUGGACGACGUUACAAUGUCGUGCGUAGCCGACGUGCUGGAGCAAGCACCAGAAGCUGCUCUUUCUUACAGAGAGGUGUGCGUUGGCGAGUGCAGCACACGUGAAGGCAGAGAGGCAAGAGCACCAGGACUGAGAGCAGCACCAGCAGCAGAAGCAGAAACAGAAGCAGCAGAAGUAGAAGUAGAAGAAGUAGACGCAGCAGCAUGCAGCAGUGGGAACGGCGUGUCUGUCAGAUUGCUGUUAUCUGACCGCGCUCUGGCAGCAAGUGGAUGGGCCCACCUCUGCUGGUCCGCAUCUGACUUGGCAUCCAGCCUGCAAACGCUGCGUCCAGCUCAGCGCGUCCUCCGCCAGCUGGCAGCAGAGGAUCUGCCACGUGUGCAGCGAUCCACGGCUGUUUUCCUUGAGAACACCCCUCUGGAUUCCUGCCCCGGCUGCCCCGCCAACCUCUCCCUCCUCAUCCCCCCCUCCUGCACCAACUGCCGCACCCGCCCCUUUACCCACUCCCUCUCCUCAUGCGCCGCCCGCCGAAUCGCCUACUCUGCCCUGCGCCACCCGGACCGCGACUUCACUGUAGCCGCUACAGUGCCAGCUGCCGCCCUAACUGCAGCUGGCAUGUUCCAUGAAUCGCGGGCCCCACUGGUGCUUGAAGCGACAAGGAGGAGGGGGGAGCUGGGGUGUGGAGCACAGCGGUGGGGGGGCGGAUGGGGGUGGAACGUGUGGGGAGAGGUUGGGGGAGUGGGGGGAAUGAACAUAUGGGGAAGGAUUGGCAGAGGAGGGGGGAGCAAGAUGUGGGGUAGGAGGAGCGGAUGGUUGGGGAAUGUGCUGGAAAGGGGCCAACUGGGGAGGGGCGGAUGGGGAAGGUGGUGGCUGCAGGGGGUGUUUGGACAGGGGAGAAAGGAGCAAUGUGCGGAGUUGGAGCUGGUGGAGUUGCUAGCCCUUGCCCACGCGCCCUCCCGCUUCUCCCUCCGCCAAGCCUCCCUGGAGUCUCUCCUCCUCUCCGCCCUCGCCCCUGCCGCGCGAGGGCCCCACUCCCCACCUGCUGUGGAGGAGCCUGCCGUGUGUCCGUCGCCCGUGCUGCCGCUGCUGGCCAGCUUGCGCCUGGUGCAGCAGAUGAUCAUGGACGAGAAGCUGGGGCUGAUGUACUGCCAGGUGGAGAAGGUGGCCGGCACCAGCUGGAAGAUGUGGAUGCGCAGCGAGCGGGGCUUUAAGAACGUUGCCUCCUACUUCCACACGCACCACGCACCUGUGAGCGGGCUCACGCUCAUGCGGCGCGGGAUGGGGGAGGACGAGGUGGUGUACCACCUCACCAGGAGGGACCUGCUCAAGUUUGUGUUUGUGCGCAACCCGCUGCCGCGCCUGCUGUCGGCGCAUGGGGACAAGCUGGUGAACGGCGGGGAGAGCCGCAAUGUCACCAUGUGGAACGAGCUCAUAUUUGGCCGAGACCGGUUGCAGCGUUGGGGGCUUGAGCCAAGCAGCAGUGUGAGCUUCAAGGUUGCGGCUCACAUGGCUGCUGAGAUACUGAGAGAGACGGGCGGCAAUGGGGAUCACCACAUUGCCAGUCAGUUACAACUGUGCGGAUUGGACAUGAUGAAAUAUGACAUUGUGGGGAGGUACGAGAACCUACAAGAGGACGUGCAGCGGGUGGUGACGCGGCUGAACCGGUCAACAGAGAGGGCCAUGGAGAUUUUCAAGCUGGGCUCCCAGUUCCACAAGACACGGGCGGAGCAACGCAUGCGCGCUGCAUUUGAUAAGGAAACGAUCAAGCUCGUGGAGUCGGCAUAUGCUGUUGACUUUGACGUUCCUUUGAACAAUAUCCGCUAUAGUGUUCCUGAUGUUCUGCAAGAUACUGUAGGACGAGAACUAUCUUGAUAUAGGUGGUUGUUUCUGGACGUGAUGGAGGUGGUUAUUACAAGAAAGGAAAAGUGGGUGUCAAGCAGAAACAAAACAGGGGCCAACUAUUGGGGAUGUUUCAAUUACAGUAUGCACCUAGCAACUCUAUACGGCACAUAGAAAUGCUGGUGACGAAUUUCCUUUUGGUCGCAUGUAUCAAACUGAGAGAAGUGAAUGAUUAGGUAGA